UCGUCCGCGGUGAAACAAGAGCGGGGGCCUGUUCGUUUCAGGCGAUAGCAGUCUGCUGCGGUGGUCGGUGCGCGGUCUUGCAUGCCUGCAGGGUGACGAAAGGGCGCAAAGUCGAGCCCUGCAGGAGCGCGUUACGUCUCGACUGAUGCGUAGUGGGAGAUGUGGCCAGCGUGGGUUGAUCGGUGUCUCGCGAGGCCGCAGGUACCACCCGGAAGUGUUAAGCGAUGAGGUUCAGCCAGUCUUGUGCCUCUCGACGUGCGUUCGUUCUGUGCGGAGUAUGGAGAAAGACUAUCGCCAGCCGUUGUGAGCUCCUAUUGCACAUCCUGGAACAUCCAGACGCGCUCCCACGCGGCACAGGGAAUGUUUAUGACCUUGCCGCCACGUUCACAUGUCACCUCGGGCACAAAUGUUCGACCCGCCCACUCGCACAUUACGGUCUGGCCCACCCGAAGAGUUUCCUGCCCAAGAUGCUCUCCCAGGUUCGAGCCUUUGCCGAUCCAAUCGAGAAGAUGCCAGACUUGGGCAGCGGCAAAGGCGCGGGGAAGGUCAAGCUGGGCGUGUUGUUGUUGCGUCCAGUAGUCGGCAAUCUCGUGGGCGGAAGUCGCGCAGCCCGAGUCCAACGAAAAUGCUGCGCUGGCGUUCGAGCCCGAAGACGAUCAACUUCAAGGCAUGCCACAAGUCCAGACUCUCGCCAGCGGAUAAGAGCAGUCGGUCCACGUGCGGCGAGCAGAAUGAUCCCGGUGUUGCCGCAGCAGCGCGACUGCCUGGUUGAGGUCUACCAUGACGUUCAUCUCCAGCACCGCUGACCAGUCCGGGAUGUUGUCGAAGCGGAGAUGGCUGAGGGUGGUGGGUCGGGUGCAAGUGCGUCGUAAGGCGGAAGCGAUGCGCCGCAAUCGAUCUGCAUGUCGCUGUUCACGUCGGGGCGGAGGAGGGACCAACGGCGCAUGCUGCUGAUGAUGCGGAGCACAUGCAGGUACUUCCCG